GGCAGCCCGCGCCGCCCUGCCCGCACCUCUCCCCAUGCCGUCCGCCACUCCAGCCCCCGGGCCCGCAUUCCUCCGCCGCCCACUUUCCCUGCCGCUCCGCUGCCCUCCCCUCCGCCCCGGGGGCCCUUCGCCCCUGCUGUGUUCUCUGCCUGCUCACCACCCCUUCCCUGCGCCUGGUCCCAUGAGGCCCCUGGGGUGGGAGCAGGUGGAGAGGCUCACCCCAAAGCCCAGCCUCCCCCUCGCAGAGGGCGGCGGGAGGCCUGCGGGCCCCGCCCCGUGUGGCCGGUGAGCGCCGCGGCCUGAAGAAAGUGGAAGUGCGCUCCCGGCCCGCUGCUCCUCCCGGAGACCAGUUCUGGCCAUGCCGUGACCCCUCUCCUCUGCCGCCAUGAACAGGGCCCCUCUGAAGCGCUCCCGGAUCCUGCACAUGGCGCUGAUGGGCGCGCCCGACGCCGCCGGCGGGGCAGAGGCCGGCCCGGGGAAGCCCUUCCUGCUCCGGGCCCUGCAGAUCGCACUGGUCGUCUUUCUCUACUGGGUCACCUCCAUCUCCAUGGUGUUUCUCAACAAGUACCUGCUGGACAGCCCCUCCCUGCAGCUGAACACCCCCAUCUUCGUCACCUUCUACCAGUGCCUGGUCACCACCCUGCUGUGCAAGGGCCUCAGCGCCCUGGCCGCCUGCUGCCCGGGGGCCGUGGAGUUCCCCAGCCUGCGCCUGGAUCUCAGGGUGGCCCGCAGCGUCCUGCCCCUGUCGGUGGUCUUCAUCUGCAUGAUCACCUUCAACAACCUCUGCCUGAAGUACGUGGGUGUGGCCUUCUACAACGUGGGCCGCUCGCUCACCACCGUCUUCAACGUGCUGCUCUCCUACCUGCUGCUCAAGCAGACCACCUCCUUCUACGCCCUGCUCGCCUGCGGCAUCAUCAUCGGUGAGUGGCAGGCCCGGGCCAUGGGACACAGGCGGUAUGGGGGCCCAGACCCGAAGGAACAACCCUGCCAAGCAUCUGUCGACUUUAUCCGUCCCAGCUCCCUUGAUGGUGGCUUCUGGCUUGGUGUGGACCAGGAGGGGGCAGAGGGUACCCUGUCUUGGACGGGCACCCUCUUUGGCGUGCUGGCCAGCCUCUGUGUCUCGCUGAACGCCAUCUACACCAAGAAGGUGCUCCCGGCGGUGGACGGCAGCAUCUGGCGCCUGACCUUCUACAACAACGUCAAUGCCUGCGUCCUCUUCCUGCCCCUGCUCCUGCUGCUGGGGGAGCUUCAGGCCCUCCUCCGCUUUGCCCAGCUGGGCAGUGCCCACUUCUGGGGCAUGAUGACGCUGGGAGGCCUGUUUGGCUUUGCCAUUGGCUACGUGACAGGACUGCAGAUCAAGUUCACCAGUCCCCUGACCCACAACGUGUCGGGCACGGCCAAGGCCUGUGCCCAGACGGUGCUGGCCGUCCUCUACUACGAGGAGACCAAGAGCUUCCUCUGGUGGACGAGCAACAUGAUGGUGCUGGGGGGCUCCUCCGCCUACACCUGGGUCAGGGGCUGGGAGAUGAAGAAGGUGCAGGAGGAGCCCAGCCCCAAGGACAACGAGAAGAGCGGCGUGGGGGUGUGAGCUCCUGCCGGGACCUCGGGAUGGCCCGCCUAGGAGAACGCCCCACCCCAGGAGAAAGCCCAUGAAUGCAGUGGAGGCCUCUCGUACCCAGAGAGAGAGACCUGGGGGGAUGUUUGCAGACUGAUCAGAAUCUGGUGGUGGAAUUGGAACCAGUGUUUUCAAGUAAUGUCGGAAAGUUGCCAAUCCUAUCUCAACCUCCUUUCCUAUUUGGGGGUAGGACCCCCAUGAGAAGAGCACAUUGGCCCUUGGGGAGUAGGAAAGUGGGGCACCCCUUCCUGCCCCAUCCUAGGGCCUUCUACCUCCACAUGACCUUUGGGGUUGAGGACAGGUCACAAGUUUUAAGGAACAUAUGGCGAAGCCAUCAAGUCUUCACUUGUGCUCAAGGAGACGGGUGUGACGCCACCACAGGUCAACUAAGGGGUUUGGGAAACCUCACAUCUCCAGGUCCCAGGGCAGGCAGCACAGCUUUAGCCCCACAAACCAGCUUCCUCUGGAGCGAAUGGCAGCUGGGCUGAGGGAGGAAAGGGACCAGUGUUCCCUCUUCUCUGCAGAGAGGCCACCAGGCCCCCUGGAAGGGGCGAAGGAUCAGUUGUACCUAUGCCUGGUCCUGGCACUCCCAGGGGCCACUGGGAAGUGGCCUGGGAAUGGGGCACAUCAUGGAAAAGCACCCUUUCCCCACCAUCUGCACCCCAUGUUCCCAGCUCUUGAACAUGGGGAACCACACAUCUCUUACAGGUUAAACAGGGUCAUUAGCACCCUCCCUAGACCCUGACACCCGUUUCACUGCCUCACUCUGUCUCCCAGCACCUGGUGGCCGCCUGGCUCAGGAAGUGGAGCCAGGAGCCACUUCAGCUUCUCCCAACUCUGCCUCCCCCAGAGCUUCUCCCCAGGGGGCUGAUGGAGCAGUGUCCCAGCUCAGCGCCUUCCACCCCAGCUGUGCUGGGCCCCCCAGGUCCCUGCAGGAAGGCUUGUAACCUGCUUCUGAGCCUCUUCCCUGCAUCAGUGAACCAUGGCAUUCUUCCCUGAGGGUGGGGCCGGGAGAACCUGAUUGUCCUCUCACCACUCCCCUGGCCUCUGGCUUGCUUUCACCCCUGGCCAUUUUGUUCCACCCAACUCCCCUAGAGAGUGGGUUUUCUCAACACCUCCUUUUCCAGUCCCCCCACAAUCCCAAAUGGUUUCUAAUGAAGUUGGUGGGGCCUGAUGCCCUGAAUUGUGUGUGACUUAAUUAAAAUUGGAGUAAGC